UUAAUCUACUUAUUUUAUCCAUAAUUUACCAUAUUAAAAUAAAGUUAAAAUGAUUCUUGUGAGAAGGCAUAAUUUAAAAACCUUUCCAAGUAUUCUCUCCAUCGUUAGAAAGAUGUCGACUACCUUUCCUCCUGAAGAUGUUAUAUUUGAAAUUCAAAAUAAAUGUGGAGUAAUAACAUUGAAUAAACCGAAAGCCCUGAAUUCUAUAAACAUGAAAAUGACUCAAUCUAUAAAUGCUCACCUGAAGAAAUGGGAAGACCAGGUAUCAAUGGUUAUUAUUAGAGGCGUAGGGAAAGCUUUUUGUGCUGGAGGGGAUAUUAAGGAAUCUGUUGAAAAAGGUCCUAAAAAUUCUCAGGGUGCAAAAGAAUUUUUCAAAUUGGAUUACACCAAUGAUUACAUAAUAGCCAAUUAUAAGCAUCCUUAUAUUGCAAUUAUGGACGGGUACACUAUGGGAAGUGGCGUAGGACUAAGUAUCAAUGGAAGGUACCAAGUUGCCACAGAAAAGACAUUACUGGCAAUGCCAGAGACUGCAAUUGGCUUAUUUCCUGAUGUUGGAGCGUCAUACUUCCUGCCCCGACUGCCAGGAAAUAUGGGUAUGUUCAUUGCAUUGACAGGUAGUCGCCUGAAAGGUGCCGACUGUGUCAGGGUGGGGCUAGCUUCCCAUUAUUGCAAUAGCGAAAACAUUCCGAGUCUUGUUGAGCGUUUGAUAGCAACAGGAGGCAAUGUAAAGGCAAUCGAAUCUACUCUUAGUGAAGUAUGCACGAACAUGAAAGAGUUGCCCUUUGGUCUGGCUGAUAAACAGCAAAUUGUGAAUAAAAUUUUUGGGCUAUCUUCUGUUGAGGAUAUUCUUGAUGCAUUAGAGAAAGAAGGUUCAGCCUGGUCCACGGAAGUUCUCGAGACCAUGAAAAAGAUGUCACCACUAUCCCUGAAAGUUACGCACAGAGAAAUGACACUAGGAAAAACAUUAAGUUUAAAAGAGUGCCUGCAAAUGGAGUAUCGGCUGUGUCAUAGAGCAUUAGAAGCUAACUUUUCUAAUGAUUUUUAUGAAGGUGUCCGAGCACUUCUGAUUGAUAAAGAUAGGAACCCGAAAUGGAAUCCUGCUGAGCUCAAAGAUAUCCCUUCAUCCAUGGUGGACCAGUAUUUUACUCAAUUGCCACCAGGGGAAGAAAUGAUCUUAUAAUUAUAAUAUUAAAAUAAAUAUGUUAGACAUAUAUACGUUAUGUACAUAGAAACAUCAAGAGUUAUUUUUAUAUUUAUUGUACGUUAUUAAUAAACACCAUUACCAAGUCUA